AUGCCGCCCAAGCGCCUCGCCCACGUCCAAGCCCUACGUGACACCUUCACGGAGGCGGAGAGCUGCGCCGUGGUGGAGCGGUGGGCCACGGAAACGGUCUGUCACCUGGAGGGACUCGCACAGCAGGCGGUGGCGCAGUACGCCAGCGUGCAGGAGGCGGCGUACACGUGCGACGCCGCAAAGCAAACGCCAGCGGACAUCUUGUCCAUCCUGCGCAGCUACCAGUACCUCUGCCAGGGCGUCUACAGAGACGCGGAGGUGGUCCGCACCGUCGUCGCCGUGCGACUGCCGGAGCUGAAGGAGGAGGAUAACUUGGGGGUCGGCGUGCAGCACGCCAUCCUGCGCAUGCUGGACGAGGUACAAAACAAAACCCUGGGCGCCGGCGGUACGGGUGAGAAGAGCAGCGGCGUGAAGGCACAAACAAGCGUGUACGCCCUGCGGGAGUACCUGGAGGCCCGCGGCGGUGUGGAGGAGAAGCUCCUUGGCACGCCAGCUGAGGGCAGCGAGAAGGGCAAAGAGGGCAGCAAGAGCCCCUCCGUGUUGCUGCAGCUGCGGCAGUUGGACGCCGACGCCCUGCUGAAGGUGGAGCUGUCUGCCCUGCAGCUGGUGUCCUCGAUGCGCGCCUUCAUCAACGCGUACGCACUCAACUGGAGGAAGUUGAUUGAGCCACGCACUGGGGGAGACCGCAUGGUGAGCUAA